AAGUUUCAGCAAUUGUUGAGGAGGAGAAGAUUCAGCACGCAGAGGUGCUUAAAAAAGUCAAGGAGCUUACAGCAGAGAGCUUUAAACUCUUGAAAGAGAAAUCCAUCCUGCAAUGCCAAGAGAGUGAACUCUGUCUUGAAGUACAAAACAUGAAGAGGGACAGCCAUGCAGCUAGCCAGGACAUCAUCCAACUCAAGGAGAAAGAAGAUCACCUGUCGAAGAAGUGCCAGCAGCUCAAGGUUCAGCUGAAUAACUACAGCCUCUUGCUGGCCAAGAAACAGGACCUGAGACAGCAGCUGAACUUGGAUUCUGAAGUGUGCAGUCAAAAGAAAGCUGAGGCAGCUCAGCUGGAGGCUGAGCUCCAGGAGGAGAUGAGUAGGAGGAGGCAACUCAAGGCAGACAUGGAGAAAGCAGCAAACAUUCUGAGACCUGCUGUGAUGGGCUUAGAGAAAUUCUCUGAGGCUCAGGGGAAGAUCCAGAAGCUGCGUGAGAUCCUGGAAAGCAACACAUCCCAUGGAACAGAGUCCGCUCUUUAUAAUUCCCCAGAGAAGAGCAGUCGAGGGCAGAAACUGCAGACAUCUGGCCCCAGAACAGUCAGCCCAGAGACUUUGAACCUUGGCACAGAUCCACUGUUUUUGUUGAGCCGCUACAGGCCGGGCGAUCUUGGCUUCUUACCUCGACCCAGAUGGAGGAAACCCGGCUGUCACAAGGCAUUGACCGCAGCCUCUGAUGAUAGGUCUAACCCAUCUGACCUGGCUUCUCGGGACACUCAUGCAGAAGCAGGACCUCCACCUCAUCAGUCUGCUGAACCCAAAUCCAGCAAGAAAAUAAAAAAACCUAGAAUUCUGUUCCUGCAUUUCCUCUAA